GCCAAAGGUUUAGGCUUUAAGACGGAGGAGGAGACCAGUGUUUACACAGCUGCUGCUCCACUGAGCUGACUACCAUUGUUGAGUCGGUCUCUCUCAGCUGCUCUCUGGAUAAGCAGGUUACCCAAUUCUCAGCCAGAGCCAGCCGACUCCACGAACAGGCGUGUUGGUAGUUUUAAAUCUGGAAGUAUGAAGAUCAGAUGCUAUGCUGGUAUUACGAAGCCCAGCUUUUUGCUUGUGCAUUCAGAGUUACCAGCACUUACAUCUCUUAAGCCCGGAUUCGAUUCUAUAUCCACGCUUUGCAACCGAGAGAAGUUGAUUGGGUUGAUAACAAGGUGUCAGUAUUCUGUUUCUGGUAGAAGGUCAGAAAGCAGUUAUAAGGAUUCGUCGGUUUCAAAUCCAAACACCACUCGUUUAGGUAGGAGAGAAAGAGGUUCUUCAUCCUUAUACAGUCGUCCUAGUCUGUUAGAUAUGAAGAAUGAAAGGAUGGAAAAUCGUGCCCGGGUUUAUGAUUUCUUGCGAGGAAUUGGUAUUGUCCCUGAUGAGCUUGAUGGAUUGGAGCUUCCUGUUACAGUCGAAGUUAUGAGGGAACGUGUGGAUUUUCUUCACAAUCUUGGGCUUACAAUCGAAGACAUUAACAACUAUCCACUUGUUCUUGGCUGCAGUGUGAAGAAAAACAUGAUUCCUGUGCUCGAUUAUCUUGGGAAGUUGGGUGUUAGGAAAUCCACAUUCACUGAGUUCUUGAGAAGAUAUCCACAAGUCCUGCAUGCUAGUGUUGUUAUUGACCUUUCACCAGUGGUCAAGUAUCUUCAAGGAAUGGAUAUCAAACCCGAUGACAUUCCUCGGGUUCUUGAGAAAUAUCCAGAAGUGCUGGGAUUCAAGCUUGAGGGGACCAUGAGCACUUCAGUGGCUUACUUAGUUGGAAUUGGGGUUGCAAGAAGGGAGAUUGGCGGAGUUUUAACUAGAUACCCGGAGAUUUUAGGGAUGCGUGUUGGUAGGGUGAUCAAGCCGUUUGUUGAAUAUCUUGAAAAGUUGGGUAUUCCAAGACUAGGUGUGGCUAGACUGAUAGAAAAGCGGCCUCACAUCCUUGGGUUUGGAUUGGAGGAGAGGGUGAAACCAAAUAUUCAAUCCCUUUUGGAGUUUUGCGUUCGAGAAGAAUCACUUGCUUCUGUAGUGGCACAAUAUCCUGAGAUCAUAGGAAUUGAUCUCAAGCCUAAGCUUCUCAGUCAACAAAGUUCGCUCAAGUCAGUAAUUGAUUUGGAACCCGAGGACUUUGGCAGAGUUGUUGAGAAGAUGCCUCAGGUUGUUAGCCUCAGUGAUAGACCUAUGAUGAAGCAUGUCGAUUUCCUUAAGAAUUGUGGAUUUUCCUUGGAGCAAGUGAGGAAGAUGGUCGUUAGGUGUCCCCAGUUGCUUGCCUUGAAUCUCGACAUCAUGAAACUCAGCUUUGAUUUCUUUCAAACAGAGAUGCAAAGGCCUUUGGAUGACUUGGUUGCUUUCCCUGCAUUCUUUACUUACGGUCUUGAAUCGACUAUAAAACCAAGACAUAAGAUGGUUUCAAAGAAAGGGUUGAAAUGCUCCCUCGGAUGGCUUCUCAACUGCUCUGAUGAAAAGUUUGCGCAACGAAUGGACUACGACACUAUUGACAUGGAGGAGAUGGAAUCAUUACCGUCAUUUGAUAUGAAUACACUCACAGAACCAAGGAGCGACGAUUCAGGUUCUGACUACAAUGAUGAUAGCGAUGACGAUUAUGUAUAGAAAUAGAAUGAUCACUCAACCUUCAAUUUGGCCUUUCAAAUUGGGGUUUCCAGUAGAGUUUUGUGGAUGUUAUAUUGUGAAAGUAAAUUUAUUUAUUUGAAGCAUUACACACUU